AUGAUGGGGGCGGCGGACAAGGCCGAACUAGGGUUCGAGGAGGAGGAUGAUAUGGCGGCCGACACGCCGCCGCCGGCCAGGAAGAUGCAGUCGCUCGAUUUCGAGCACAUCGGCUCGCUCGCGGCGGUGGCGGAGUCGCUCUCGCCCCGGAGCAAGUGGCGGAUGGCGCUCAGGAGCAUACGCAUCGUCAUCUUCCAGGCCAAGAUCAAUGUGCUCCUGCCCUUCGGGCCCCUCGCCAUCACGCUUCACUACCUCUCCGGGAACCACCAAGGAUGGGUUUUCCUUUUCAGCUUAGUUGGUAUCACACCCUUGGCCGAGAGAUUGGGAUAUGCAACUGAGCAACUUGCUUGCUACACUGGCCCAACAAUUGGGGGGCUUCUAAAUGCUACUUUUGGAAAUGCGACAGAGAUGAUUAUCUCGAUAUAUGCUCUGAAAAACGGAAUGAUUCGUGUCGUACAGCAGUCACUACUAGGCUCUAUAUUAUCAAACAUGCUGUUAGUUCUUGGGUGUGCUUUCUUUGCUGGUGGGCUUGCUCAUCCUAAUAGAGAUCAGGUCUUCAAUAAGGCAUCAGCUGUUGUGAACUCUGGGUUGUUGUUGAUGGCUGUCUUGGGUCUAAUGUUUCCAGCGGUGCUUCACUUUACACAUUCUGAAGCGCACUAUGGAAAAUCCGAAGUUUCUCUUUCAAGGUUUAGUAGCUGCAUAAUGCUUGUGGCUUAUGCUAGCUAUCUUUUUUUUCAACUCAAGAGCCAGCGCAGUCUGUACAGCCCAAUUGGCGAAGAAGAAGAAAGCACUGAGGAUGAGGAGGAUGAAAAGGAGAUAGCACAGGGGGAAGCUAUCUCCUGGCUUUUUGUAUUGACUAUUUGGAUUUCAAUUCUCUCUGGGUACCUGGUAGAUGCCAUACAGGGGGCCUCUGAAUCAUUAAAAAUGCCACUGGCCUUUAUUAGUGUUAUUCUGCUUCCUAUCGUGGGGAAUGCUGCUGAGCAUGCAAGCGCCAUUAUGUUUGCCAUGAAAAACAAACUUGACAUUACAUUGGGUGUCGCCAUAGGGUCGUCAACACAGAUAUCUAUGUUUGUGAUUCCAUUCUGUGUGGUAAUUGGCUGGAUGAUGGGGGAAGAGAUGGACUUGAACUUUCAAUUGUUUGAGACAGCAACUCUUUUUAUAACAGUACUUGUGGUGGCAUUUAUGCUACAGGAAGGCACGUCGAACUAUUUUAAAGGCUUUAUGCUCAUAUUAUGCUAUCUCAUAGUUGCCGCAAGCUUUUUUGUGCACGUUGAUCCCAAAUCACAGGUGACAACAAAUGACAAGUUCCCAACAGAACUGUGA